AAUAAAAUAAUAAAAAAAAACCGUCCAGUCUCUCGUAUCAACUACCAACCUUCUUCUUCCCCCCUCUUUCAUGAUUUCAUCCCCAUUUCUCAUCCUUCCCUUCCUCCCCAAGUCUAGAGAGAGAAAGGAGGAGGAUUCUGCAAAUACGAAGAGAUAGAAAGACAGGCUUUCGGGAAGGAUCGUCUAAAUAAUUGAAUAAAAAACACUAGGCAAAGAAUGGAGGUUGGAGGAAGAGCUGGGCCUCAAACGACGACGGCGUCUUCUUCUUCAUCAUCGUCCGCAAUGCUACUGUACAACCUUCCUCUCCUCUCUGCCUUGCUCUCCUUCGCUCUCGCUCAAUUCCUCAAGCUCUUCACCACCUGGUUUAAAGAAAAGAGAUGGGAUUCUAAAAGAAUGCUUGAUUCUGGUGGAAUGCCAUCUUCACAUUCUGCAACUGUCACAGCUCUAGCAGUGGCUAUAGGUUUGCAAGAAGGGACGGGAUCGCCUGCUUUUGCCAUUGUUGUUGUCUUGGCCUGUGUUGUGAUGUAUGAUGCUUCAGGGGUCAGACUUCAUGCUGGUCGGCAAGCUGAAUUGCUGAACCAAAUUGUCUGUGAGUUUCCUCCAGAACACCCGUUAUCCAGUGUUAGACCUCUGCGUGAAUUACUUGGGCAUACUCACCUUCAGGUUGUAGCCGGAGCUAUCCUGGGAUUCAUUGUAGGCUACCUGAUGAGAAAUACUAAUUAGCAGAUUGUGUUUCCAUCAUUUAUUAUUCAGCGUCCCGCAGCAAUUCCAACAAAGAAGAGUGGAAGAGCUGUUGUAUAUUGUAGUUCCAGUUGUUGGGAAAACAGAUGCAGUUGUUGGGAGUGAUGCCUGUAUUAUUGGAAUUUUAUGGAUUUUGUAAUAUAUGUAAAAGUACGUUCAUGAAUAUAAACAAUGCUUCCAGAAUGAAA